UACUGAACACAUGUACUGUAAAUAUGUGGGGGCAUGUUAUAACUAUGUGAUUUAGGGCAUGAAUAAUAUUGCGAAGGAGCCCUCGUGGAGCAGUGGUUAAGAGCUGCGGCUGGUAACCAAAAGUUCGGCAGUUUGAAUCCACCAGCUGCUCCUUGGAAACCCUAUGGGGCAGUUCUUCUCUGUCCUGUAGGGUCCCUUUGAGUCAGAAUCGACUCGUCGGCAGCAGGUUUGGUUUUUUGGUUCAAUACUGUAAAAUGCUCAUUAAUUAUGUAUCUUUCGUUUAUUUGUAAAUCUCUUUUUAAAAAGACGUUGAUCAGUGAGCAAAAAAAUGUGUUUUACACAACAUUUUGACCAAUUUUUGUAGUUUUCAAGUACCUUAAUUUUUAAUUGACUUAAUUAUGUUAGAAGUUAACAGCCACUCAUUAAAUAUAGAGUAUACCCUAUUUGGCAUGUUAAAAUGUCAGUAUUUAUAAGUUAUAUUUAAAAGUAAAUGUAUUUGAAAGCCAUACUUUACGAAAAUUAUAUAUGGCUGUGGUUUUUAGUUGUUUAAAGUAGAAAAAUGAACUCUAAGGAAGUUAAUUAUGAUUAAAAUUGACUUAAAAGGAGCAAAUGAACAUUUAAAUUUUCUAAACAAAGUAAACAAAACUUGUUUUUUAAUCUUUUUUAAGGUAGACCUGUUUCAAUAAAUUUCUUUCUUUUGCUCCUAAGAAUUCUAUAUCAGUUUUUUACUUUAUUGAUUGAAUCUUAAAAUCUUUAACUUCUCUUACAGCAUUGCAUUUUUUUACUUAAAUAUAGUACAUAUAGUGUUUAAGAAUUUCAAAUGAGUUUCACAAGGAUCCUACUGAAUGAGAUUUUGAGUUUCCAUAUCCGGAAAAAUAGGAGCUUGUUCUGUUAAUUUGAAUAUUUUAUUUACGGUACAUCUGAUAUUCUUUGCUGCGUUUUACUUACUUAAAAUAUCUGUUAUGUAACUUGAGGUCAGUUGCAGAGAGACUGUGAUCUUCUAACUUAGAUGUUCUAAAAUUUGGUGGAAAUGAUUAUCUAAUUAUCUAGGUGACCUUUCUUAUUCCUAUUAAAGAAAUGGAUGCUUUAGGGAUUUUAUUUAAUUGCUCUUGAUUUGGGGGAUCAAAUGGUCAACAGUUAAUUUGCAGACAGCUGAAAAUAAUGUGAAAAAACAGUUAUACAGAUUAUAUUUUAUUCAGAUCCAAGUAUUUCUCUUCUGUGUUAAAUAAUGCUGCAGACGAUGGGCUCAAACAGCAACAAUUGUGAGGAUGGCACAGGACUGUUGUACGUAGAGUCACUAUGAGUCGGAACUGACUUGAGGACACCUAACAACAAUGUUAAAUAAUAGUGAAACUGGUACUGACUUUGUUUUAAUGAAACAGGAAUUAUUAGCAACUUCUAUAUAUCCAGAAGCUAGUGCUAUAUACCGGCACUUUGAUAAACUAAGCGUGUUCUAGCUGACUUUUUCUGCAUAUAAUUUGUUUUAGAUUUAUAAUAUGUAUAUUGUGUCAAUAAAAUAGUUGUUAUGGUGGAAUUCUAGUGUCCAUAGUUCUUACCACUUACAUUUGAAUGUAUGUUAUACUCCUGUGUUUUCAUUUUAAAACUGAGAAAAGGAGGCCAAAGGUUUAUGGAACUUGACAAAGUCAAUAGUGAAUAUAGGUAUCCCCUUUCCAUAUUUGGCUCUUCAUAUUUAGCAGUGGAGAUUUCAAAUGUAAAUAAUUGGAUUUGUGUAAACAGAGCUUAUAUUUUUGCUGUAUAAAUUACUUGUGGGCUUUGUAGGACUUCUCAGUCAAGUGCUUAAGCAUUUGCACCACCCGGGGACUUCUUAUUAGUUACGCUUUAUAAAGUUAAAAGUAUUAGAACCUUGAACAUGAAAACAUUUUGAUAUAAUGUAGAAUUUCGUUACCACCGUGUGUCUGUCAGUUUGUCCUGCUGUGGUGGCUUGUGUGUUGCUCUGAUACUGGAAGCUCGUGUUUAGCAUGUUUUUGUAAAAGAUGCAACCAGAUGUGUUAACUUGACUAAAAUAUUUACGUAUAUAUAUGUAUAUAAUUGCAAAAAAAUUAAAAUGUGAGGUUGUAUUUAACAGAUCAGACCUAUUCUCACCCACUUCUUUUGACCAUUUGUAAGGUGACUGCAUUGUUACUAUAGAGAAAAAACAAACUAAUUCAGGAACACAGGUGACUGAAGCCAGUAUUAAUACACAUGUUUUAAAUAUGAAUCCACUUUUCCUGCCUCCUCAUUCUGGCCUGGUGGUGGACUUUUUAAAUCCCCACCCUUUGAAUUAGCAGCUCAAAUUCGAAGAUUGCUGGUCUUCUCCACACAGAUAAUAACUGGCCUAUAUAUACUUCACUUGCGAUAGUUAUCCCUUGAUAUAGUUGCAUGUUUCCAACCCAUAAUUUGGUAGAAAAGGAAGAUUGCUGCUGGUAUGGGCCCUGUUUAAACACUGCUAGCGCUGUAUUAUAGCCAGUUGUCUCUGAAACAUCUUUCUAAGAGUAAAAAACGCACAUUAAAUCUACUAAGGCUUGUUGUUAAUACAUAUUUUUUCCUCAUCCUCUGAGCCUGCCUCCCUUGUGCUCUCGUCUAGUGAGAACCGAUAUGGCAGACUGUCCUGUUUACUUUUGACCACUGCAUUGGGUGUUCAGCAGCCAUCACUCCUUGGAGCAUCUCCUACCAUUUAUACACAGCAGACUGCGUUGGCAGCAGCAGGCCUUACCACACAAACUCCAGCGAACUAUCAAUUAACUCAAACUGCAGCAUUGCAGCAACAAGCCGCAGCUGCAGCAGCUGCAUUGCAACAGUUACAGCAACCCCAGCAGACCCUAUUAACACAGCCAGCUGUUGCAUUGCCUACAAGCCUUAGCCUGUCUACUCCUCAGCCUGCGGCACAGAUAACUGUAUCAUAUCCAACACCACGGUCAAGUCAGCAACAAACCCAACCUCAGAAACAGCGUGUUUUCACAGGAGUGGUUACAAAGCUACAUGAUACGUUUGGAUUUGUGGAUGAGGAUGUAUUCUUUCAGCUUAGUGCUGUCAAAGGGAAAACCCCCCAAGUGGGUGACAGAGUAUUGGUGGAAGCUACUUAUAAUCCUAACAUGCCGUUUAAAUGGAAUGCACAAAGAAUUCAGACACUACCAAAUCAGAAUCAAUCUCAAACCCAACCUUUACUGAAGACUCCUCCUGCUGUACUUCAGCCAAUUGCACCACAGACUACAUUUGGUGUUCAGGCUCAGCCCCAGCCCCAGUCACUGCUGCAGGCACAGAUUUCAGCAGCUUCUAUUACACCGCUACUGCAGACUCAGCCACAGCCUUUAUUACAGCAGCCACAGCAGAAAGCUGGUUUAUUGCAGCCCCCUGUCCGUAUAGUUUCACAGCCACAACCAGCACGAAGGUUAGAUCCACCGUCCAGAUUCUCAGGAAGGAAUGACAGAGGAGAUCAAGUACCUAACAGAAAGGAAGACCGGAGUCGUGAAAGGGAGAGAGAAAGACGGAGAUCCAGAGAAAGAUCACCUCAGAGAAAACGUUCCCGGGAGAGAUCUCCCCGAAGAGAGAGAGAACGAUCACCUCGGAGAGUUCGACGUGUUGUCCCACGUUACACAGUUCAGUUUUCAAAGUUCUCUUUAGAUUGUCCUAGUUGUGACAUGAUGGAACUAAGGCGCCGUUAUCAGAAUUUAUAUAUACCUAGUGACUUUUUUGAUGCUCAGUUUACAUGGGUGGAUGCUUUUCCUUUGUCAAGACCAUUUCAGCUGGGAAAUUACUGCAAUUUCUAUGUAAUGCACAGAGAAGUAGAAUCCUUGGAAAAAAAUAUGGCCACUCUUGAUCCACCAGAUGCUGACCACUUAUACAGUGCAAAGGUAAUGCUGAUGGCUAGCCCUAGUAUGGAAGAUUUGUAUCAUAAGUCAUGUGCUCUUGCUGAAGACCCACAAGAACUUCGAGAUGGAUUUCAACAUCCUGCUAGACUUGUUAAGUUUUUAGUGGGCAUGAAAGGCAAGGACGAAGCUAUGGCCAUUGGAGGCCACUGGUCUCCUUCGUUGGAUGGACCAGACCCAGAAAAAGACCCCUCUGUGUUGAUUAAGACUGCUAUUCGUUGUUGUAAGGCUCUGACAGGCAUUGAUCUAAGUGUGUGCACACAAUGGUACCGUUUUGCAGAGAUUCGCUACCAUCGCCCUGAGGAGACCCACAAGGGGCGUACAGUUCCAGCUCAUGUGGAGACAGUGGUUUUAUUUUUCCCGGAUGUUUGGCAUUGCCUUCCCACCCGCUCAGAGUGGGAAACCCUCUCCCGAGGAUACAAGCAGCAGCUGGUCGAGAAGCUUCAGGGUGAACGCAAGGAGGCUGAUGGAGAACAGGAUGAAGAAGAGAAGGAUGAUGGUGAAGCUAAAGAAAUUUCCACGCCUACCCAUUGGUCUAAACUUGAUCCUAAGACAAUGAAGGUAAAUGAUCUCCGAAAAGAAUUAGAAAGUCGAACUCUUAGUUCAAAAGGAUUAAAAUCUCAGUUAAUAGCCCGAUUGACAAAACAGCUUAAAGUAGAAGAACAGAAAGAAGAGCAAAAGGAAUUAGAGAAAUCUGAAAAAGAAGAGGAAGAAGAGGAUGACAGGAAAUCUGAAGACGAUAAAGAGGAGGAAGAGAGAAAGCGUCAAGAGGAAAUGGAACGCCAGCGUCGUGAGAGAAGAUAUAUUCUGCCUGAUGAACCAGCCAUCAUUGUACAUCCUAACUGGGCUGCAAAAAGUGGCAAAUUUGAUUGUAGCAUCAUGUCUUUGAGUGUACUUUUGGACUACAGGUUAGAGGAUAAUAAAGAACAUUCAUUUGAGGUUUCAUUGUUUGCAGAACUUUUCAAUGAAAUGCUUCAAAGAGACUUUGGUGUCAGAAUAUACAAAUCAUUAGUAUCUCUUCCUGAAAAAGAGGACAAAAAAGAAAAGGAUAAGAAGAGCAAAAAAGAUGAAAGAAAAGAUAAAAAAGAAGAAAGAGAUGAUGAAACUGAUGAACCAAAACCAAAACGGAGAAAAUCAGGCGAUGAUAAGGAUAAAAAAGAAGAUAGAGAUGAAAGGAAGAAAGAAGAUAAAAGAAAAGAUGAUUCUAAAGAUGAUGAUGAAACUGAAGAAGAUAAUAAUCAAGAUGAAUAUGAUCCAAUGGAAGCAGAAGAAGCUGAGGAUGAAGAAGAUGAUCGGGAUGAGGAAGAAAUGAACAAACGAGAUGACAAAAGAGAUGUCAACAGAUACUGCAAGGAGAGGCCCUCUAAAGAUAAAGAAAAAGAAAAGACUCAGAUGAUCACAGUUAACAGGGAUCUGUUGAUGGCUUUUGUUUAUUUUGAUCAAAGCCAUUGUGGUUACCUGCUUGAAAAGGAUUUGGAAGAAAUACUUUAUACUCUUGGACUGCAUCUUUCUCGGGCUCAGGUAAAGAAGCUUCUUAAUAAAGUGGUGCUCCGUGAAUCUUGCUUUUAUCGAAAAUUAACAGACACCUCGAAAGAUGAAGAAAACCAUGAAGAGUCUGAAGCAUUGCAAGAAGAUAUGCUAGGAAAUAGGUUGUUACUUCCAACACCAACAGUAAAACAGGAAUCAAAGGAUGUGGAAGAAAACGUUGGCCUCAUCGUGUACAAUGGUGCCAUGGUGGAUGUAGGAAGCCUCCUGCAAAAAUUAGAAAAGAGUGAAAAAGUAAGAGCUGAAGUAGAACAGAAGCUGCAGUUACUAGAAGAAAAAACAGAUGAAGAUGAAAAAACCAUAUUAAACUUAGAGAAUUCCAACAAAAGUCUUACUGGUGAACUUAGAGAAGUUAAAAAGGACCUUAGUCAGUUACAAGAAAAUUUAAAGAUUUCAGAGAACAUGAAUUUGCAGUUUGAAAACCAACUGAAUAAGACAAUCAGAAACUUAUCCACAGUAAUGGAUGAAAUCCACAGUGUUCUCAAGAAGGAUAACGUGAAGAAUGAAGAUAAAGAUCAGAAAUCCAAAGAGAAUGGUGCAAGUGUAUGAUAAAAAAUGUGUAUUGAUGAGGAAUGGUGUUUAAAUAUGUAAUAUAUAAAAUCAUGAUACAAGAAUGUUUGAAAGUGAUGCAUGUUUGAUUUUAGUAGUAUAAAUAUCUGUUAGUUCAAAAGAUGUAUAAAGUUUUAUGAAUGUGAGAGUCUCUGCUUUUGAAAAUUGCCUGUAAUUCCUAGCAUUCGAAUUAUUAAACACUCCUUGAGUGAAAUAAUUUUGCAUUGCAAAAUGUUUUAGGAUGAACUUUGUUAUAGUUUUAACCCCAAUAAAGUUCAUCAGUUUAAUUCA